CACAGCUCUCGAGCCACCUUUUCUCGCCCGCUGGAUGUGCGCCCCGAGAUCAUAUUGCCCUGCCUCCUCGAGACCCUCGCGGUUUCAUCGCGAUAGAUGCCGACCCUCCCCUCCAUCGGACCAGAGUUCCUCUCUCGAUCGAUCCAGUUGUUGUUCUGGGGUGCUGCCAAACUAUCUAGAUGACAUAGUUGCUGAAGAUGAGAUAUUGUCCAUCCUGAAUGUUCCUCCUAGGAAAAUGGGGCGAGUUAUUAGGAGAAGGGAGCCUUUAUCCAGUCUGUGAAGGAAGCUUGCAAUGCAGAAAUCAUUAUCGGUGGUGCAAAGGGGCCUUCUGAUAAGGUGUAUUUCAUUGGGCCUGUGAUGCAAGGAAAGCUAAAGCAAUAAUCGGAGGGUGUAUGCUUGAAAUAUAGCUUCUUCCUGUGGGAACUUCAGCUGAUCAUCCUACUAGAACAAAGGAUGGCUUUGAGCAUCUUUUUUUUCUGGAAAAACAAAUUGCAUGAGAUUGUUGUCAAUCUAUUGUAAAAAACAAGUCUAUUGACAGUCGCGCUCAAGUUGUGUUUUCCUUCUCUACAUAAUUGGAUGGCAUAUUAAUUUAAAGGAGUCUGUUCCCUUUUCUUUGUGGUAAGAAUCAUAUGCUUCCACAGCAAACAAAGAACUGCUGUGGUUAUCAUUUUGUCCUUGAUGAUGAAAGUUCAGUAAGUGCUAGGUGAUGCUUUGGACAUUGGACAAUGAUGGAACCAUGUGUUGCAUCCAUGUACCAGAGUUCAAGCUUGUCCACCUCCAGCAUCCGAUGCGUGUGCUAUCUCAUCCACUUCAAGUAAAGUUUCUAACUUAAUAUCAUUAUUAUGCUGAAGGAUUUGUUCUUGUUUGCUUGUCCUUGGGGGGACCAACUCAGUGUGUGGUAUGUGCAUGCAUCACAAUAUCACAUACAUUUCGUUGUCAAUCUUGUGGUGAAGCUGGCGAUAGGUGUUGGGGAGCGCGGUGUGGGCUGCCGCAAAGCUGUCCACCGGAGCUACUGGUUUAGCGGGCACGGUAGAAAGCGAUCACCAUGUGGCAGUGACGACGGCAGCGGGUCAAUUCAGAUUUAUCGGCCUCUACUCAUUUGUCACUAGUCACUCGUCCUCUCAAGUCAUGUUGUAGAUUCUUCGGUGAAGGUAGAGCCGAUGCCCACUCUUAUUUUCUUGAUUCUUUGUUGACAGUGGUCCUAAGGAGGCGACGCGGAUCUAUGUUGGAGCUUUCCCUUUAAGAUGUCGAACCCAUUGCGUAAGAUUCAGGUAUGUAAUAAUUUUACCCUUACAAAUGGCGUUACUGUUUUCACGUAAGCAUCCCACAAUUCUCAGCUAACUACUUUGUGACCGAGUACAAUGAAAGAUAUGCUCCAAAAGAGGUGUGUCGAUGUGAAUGCUCAAAUCAUUUUAUAGUCAAUGACAGAUUUUUAAAGGAGAACAAAAAACGAAAAAACACAUUAAGCUAUGCUAUUGAGAGAACAUCAGACUUGCGAAUGUGCAUUUAAGUUCCAGAGCUAAAGUAUCCUUCCAAUUAGAUUAAUCUUGAUUUUUGUAUAGGUAAAAAUGGGUAAAGUUUAACCAUAGUGAACAUAUGAUAGUGUAUUAUUACAUAAAUAAUAGGUCUAAGUUCUGAAUCCACGUCAUUUGAUAUAAUAAUUUUUGAAAAAAAUAUUCUUGCCAUGUGUGUUAUUAAAUUGACUUGGGUAAAACCAGUUAAAUGUUGGUUGCUUCUAACUGCCAUUGGACUGGACUGAACCUCAUAGCAGAGAUUGUGGGUAGGAAAAUUGAGUUGAUUAUAGGGUUAAAUAAAUUCAUUGCUACUAAUUUGGAUUGAAAUUUUCUGUGACAUGUCCCUACAAAAAACACUAAGUUUUCUUAAUAUCAUAUGAUUAAGCCUGUGAAUCCUAGCAUUCUUAACAGACAACAGAGGAUGGUGCUCAAGCCUCUCACUCCAUGGCUUACUUUUUUAAGUUUGAAAGAACCAGCAGAAGCCUCCAAAAUCAGUACAGGCCUUUUGUCAGCUUAGAAUUAUUCAAUCACCAGUUCUGAAGUCUCAUAUGCUGCCCAUCUACUGAGGUCUCUCGCCUUCUACACCUCUUCAGAACUCCCAACAGAACAAUCCCCUUAAAAAGAAGGGUCACCUCUACACCUAGUAGUGAGCACCAGUUGCCUCCCUCUUCAUAAGCUCAGACUCUGAGAGGAGUAAGAAGGCCAGGAAUUUAAUGCUUUGUCUGCGAGCAGAGACUCUGCCAAGUUUCGGUUGUGAAGUUGCCAAGGCAGAAGACUGUUCUUGCUGCGUCGGCUGGUGAAUGCCAUUGCGUGUAAUCCCAUACGAACACCGGACCACAGAUGCAAUGGAGUUGAUUCAUUGGUUACGUUUACCAUGCUUCUGAGACCGAGUGAAUCAUCAGGUUCUCAAGCUUGAUUUCUUGCUGCACUGAAGAAGGCCUGCAACUCCAAGAACAAGCUGUGAAAUGGAGAGUUUAGGCAACCACUACGACAGCUUUGCAGGAUCCGAUGAAGAGUUCAGCGACAUGGCCGGGAAGCUCGAGCUCGACGAUCUUUUCCUUGCAUCAAGCAUCCAGAGCCAAGAAAUCACUGUAGGCGAAGCAAGCUUAGAUUCCAACAAGAUCGGUGAGAUGGUUGACGUGUCGAUUCCGCCUCCAGAUACAAUGAACCGUACUGUGCUGCAUCUUCAAGAUAUGAUAAGGUUGGAUGCCCAUCCUCAUGAGCUGAUGGAAUCAGGUGCCGUAUGGGGUGAUGCGCUUCUUUCUCAGGCAUGUGCUGCUUCUCAACCCAUCAGCGGAUACUGCAACGCAGCUCGAGCAGAUGGCAUAUCUGCCACCUUUUCCGGCAGCGAGAACUUCCGUAACUUGAGUUGCACUGGCGAUAUUUCUUCAGGGAAGUCUAAGAACCAUGGCUCAUUCGAUCAACACAGAUGGAGUAGGGGUGCAGUGGCCUCCGAGGUCUCUCCUAAUCCACUUCCCAAUGCCAAGAGAAAGUUCGAGGAAUGCACCGGGAUAGGAGGAAACAAUACAAGCCUUCUCCAUCCUAGUUCUUUGAAGAAACCAAGACCGGAAAAGCAUUCAGGAUCUUCCACCAUCAACUUCGGUCGGGACAGCAACUACGAGCCCGACACAGAGGCUGUAGCACAGGUGAAAGAGAUGAUCUACAGGGUUGCUGCUCUAAGGCCGGUGACUCUGGAAAUGGUGGACGCAGUGGAGAAGCCGAGGAGAAAGAAUGUGAGGAUCUCAAGCGAUCCGCAGACGGUGGCUGCAAGACAGAGGAGGGAAAGGAUCAGUGAGAGGCUGAGGAAGCUGCAAAGUCUGGUCCCGGGAGGGAGCCAAAUGGACACUGCAACCAUGCUUGAUGAAGCUGCCAACUAUCUCAAGUUCCUCAAGUCUCAGGUCAGGAUAUUGGAAACCCUAGAUAACAGGCAUGAUCCAGGAAACAACAGUACCAUGCACCCCUUUCCAUUCCAUCUAAGCCAGGCUUUUGCAGUGCAACAGCUUUAUCCCACUCAGAAACCCUAACCCUAAAGAUGAGGUAUAAAUCAAGUCCUAAGCACUCAAAGAGCAUAUCAUUGUCUUCAUCAUUAGCUUAGGGUUUAGGGCUUAAGUCAGUGCUUAGAAUAAUCCUGAUAUCAAAUGCCCAUCAAGAGAAAAGGUUAGCCUUUUCGAUCCAAUGGUGGUGUUCCUGCUUUUUCUCUUGGUCACCUUUUUCACUUUGCCAAAACCUCUCUGCAUGUCCAUAAAGCAACCUUGGCCUGUCAACAAAUAUUAACAAGCUCUCAACAUACUGCAGAAGCCACAGAUUAAAGUCUUCACCAUUGGCCUUUCCCUGCAGCACCUAUAUAAAUGUCAUUAUGAUUAUUUGUGACUCGUUCUGAGUCACAUGAUCAGAUAUAUUUAAUCUCUCACCAUUCCUGUCUUCUUUUACUUUUCCCAAGUCCGACAUGGCUUGCAAAAUUGAGGAAUGGUUCCAAUGAACUAUCAAGUGAAUCAAUUCCAAAUGGUUUCUGCUUGCUGGUCCCUUGUUUGAGGUGGGGGAGACCUGCGUUCAGCUCUCUCCUCCCCUUCCAGUCCCACUACUUUGUUGCAGUUAAGUGUUGGCACUUUUGACUGCCCAAUGCCAGAGACAUUCUCUUGGGGGCCUGCUCAUGUGUGGCAGAGCACAAUGCUUCCUUGAUUCGAGCCAAAGUACCCUUGAGAAGGCCACCAAGACAUUGGUGAGCACAUGGUGGGAAAAAAGAAAGGCUUGCCACUCCAUGUAACUCACUUCUUCUCCAACUUGCUUUCUCUACCAUCUCUUCUUUAUAUAACAGAUUCUUAUCUCAUACAAUGAGACAUAGAAUAUGAACUCUGUGUGUGUGU